UUUCAUAUUUUCAUUUUUUGGUCAUAGUAUUAUAGUAGUUUACAACCUAAAUACUAAAUAGUAAAUAGUAUCAAAACUUAAAGUUAGACCUCGAUAUUAUUUAAAAAUUCAAUCGUUCAAAAUCACAGAAUCCAUAUUUGAUUAUAACAUUUCUUUUGACCAGUAACCGUCAAUUAAUAGUUAAUUAAAAGUUAAAAAAAAACAGUGUCAAUGAUAAUAAAUUAUAAUAACAUAUCGUAAAUUCAUAAUCAAUGAUAAAUUAAAGUUUUAUUUUAAUUGAACACUAAGAAAUUCCGUCGUCUUCUAGAUAAUAAUUAUAAUAUUAUUAGUUAAACAGAUAAAAUCAAUAUUAUAAUUUAUAACAUAUUUUUCUAAAAAUCACAGUAUUCAAAAUGUUAAAAAAAAUUAUUGUAUCAAAUAAGCAAAUGUACCGACACAUGUCUGACUUUGUAACUCAAUAUAAUGAAAAUCAUAUACCCACCACACCGUUCCAAAAGUUAUUAUUAUCAGUCGGUUCUGCUACUGUUUCAUUGUUUGAUCCUCAAAGAGCAGAUAUGAUUGCCACUAUGGGAGAAACUACUGGAACAUGCGCGUUGAAGUAUAUGAGAGAUAAAAUGAUUACUAAUCCUGAAGGCAACGAAAUAUUACAGUAUAUAAAUAAUAUUUAUUGCAGAUUACAGCCACGAAUUAAUACUUCAACAGUUGAUCUUGAUAAGUUAAAAUGUAUGCCAGAAAAUACUCUUGGAUAUGCUUACUUUCAAUUUUUGAAUCAUAAUAAAGUAACUCCAGACUCACGAGGAUCAGUACAAUUCAUUGAUGAUGUUCAAUUAGCAUAUGUGAUGCAGAGAUAUAGAGAAGUACAUGAUUUAUUUCAUACAGUGUUGGGAAUGCCUACAAAUAUGUUAGGAGAAGUAACAGUAAAAUGGAUUGAAGCAUUUCAAACUAAAUUACCAAUGACUUUGAGUGGAGGUCUUUUUGGAGCUAUACGACUUAAACCAAAGCAAAGAAAACAGUAUGUUCAACAUUAUUUACCAUGGGCCAUUCAAACAGGACUAAACAGUAAUUUCAUGUUAAAUAUUUAUUUUGAAAAAAGAUGGGAACAACCAAUAGAAGAACUACAUAAAGAAUUAAAUAUAAAACCUUUAGAAAUAGUUGAUUUAAAAUAAAAAUUGUUGCUAUGUGUAAGUAGUUUUAUUAACAUCUUGUUUUGUAUUUUCUUCUAGCUUAGAUAUAUGCAUUUGACUUAAUCAAUAUUUGGUGCAAAUAUAAAUUCUG